AUGCGCCGAGUUCUCGCGAUUGCUGGAUUGAUUCCACUCCAAGCUGCGGCGGCGCAGGAGCGUGUCUCGUCCAACGUGUUUGACCGAAUCACCAGAUACACCUCCUUUGCGGCGGCUUCGUACGCGUACGAAUGCCCGAGCCCGCCGUUCGGCUCGCACAUAAUCAAAACAUUCGACAACGAAGGCACGGACACGCAGGCGACCCUGUUCCACGACUACGACGCGGCCGAGGUCAUCAUCGCGUUUAGAGGGACGUCGACACCACAGGACCUAGACACGGACCUUGACUUUGAGCUUGUCCCGCUAUCUGUUGUGGGCGCAAACUGCCCAAACUGCAAAGUUCACCGGGGCUUCCAAACGGCGUACAACUCGAUUGCCGACCAGAUUGCGCCCGAAAUCAGAGCGGAGCUGGAGCACUCGGGGUCCCGUCUGGUGGUGACGGGGCAUUCGCUCGGAGGCGGCCUUGCGGCCCUCGCCACGGCGUCGCUGAUCGGCCAGGGCUUCAAGGUCACGGCGACGUACACCUACGGCGAGCCGAGGAACGGAGACGCCGAGUGGGCAAAGUACAUCUCCAGGGUGGCUCGCGAUGUCAACUACUUCCGCGUCACGCAUUACAAGGAUGGCGUGCCGCAGAUCCCGCCUUCGGAGCUGGGAUACGUCCACCACGGGCCCGAGUACUUCCAGAGUCGGGAUGCUAACAACACGGCGUCGACUACGUUCAAGUGCCCGUUGGAUUCUCUGGCGUGCAGUACGGGGCAGGACUUUGGACCCGACCCCAUCAAUCGCUCGCACCUGACGUACAGCAACAUGAUCAUCGGGAGCUCGCUCUUCGUCCAGGCCUGUGGCGCCGUGUUUCCGUGA